UUUCAUUAUAAACGUCAAAGAUCAACAUCAGCCAUCAGGGAACGAAGAAGAGUACUUUCGAAAAUACGCCGAGAGUAUUCCUGAUGGUGAAACGAGCGUUGCUUCAUCGAACGCAGCUAAAGAAAACAACAUCUAUGUAGUUGGUGGUACGAUGCCUGAAAUAGAGGGCGAUAAAUUGUACAAUACCUGUACUAUUUGGGGUCCCGAUGGAACUUUGAUAGCAAAACGCCGAAAGGUACAUCUAUUCGACAUCGACAUUCCUAAUAAGAUUACUUUUCGAGAGAGUGAUUCACUCAGUCCUGGUAACUCCCUAACGACGUUCGAUGUGAAGGGCUGCAAAAUAGGUAUUGGCAUUUGCUAUGAUAUUAGAUUCGAGGAAAUGGCACGCAUUUAUCGGAACAAAGGUUGCCAAAUGCUGAUAUAUCCAGCGGCAUUCAAUAUGACCACUGGACCACUGCACUGGUCAUUACUUCAGCGUUCCAGAGCGAAUGAUAAUCAAUUAUACGUUGCCUGCAUAUCACCGGCUCGUGUUCCUUCAGCAAGUUACGUCGCAUGGGGGCAUACACAGUUGACCAAUCCCUGGGGAAAGAUUCUUUACGAUUUGGAAACUCAAGAGAAUAUGGCAGUCACCGAUAUCGAUCUAAAAGUUGUUGAGGAAGUAAGGGCUCAGAUACCUACAUUUUCUCAGAGACGUACAGAUUUGUACGACACUGUCUGUAAGAAGGAGUAAGUCUACACUAAAACAGAAAAUGUUUUUUUAUAAUAUUUCUACUACAAUA